AUGUCUACUUUGUCAGUGUGCCAGACGCAGCCUGGAGGUUUCCGUUUCGAAAAUUCCCAAGAUGGGCUAGUUCUUGGUGCUGACACCAGGGCCACAGAAGGCAUGAUUGUGGCAGAUAAGAACUGCUCCAAGAUCCACUACAUCUCCCCCAACAUCUAUUGCUGUGGAGCGGGCACAGCGGCAGACACUGCGAUGACCACCCAGAUCAUCUCUUCCAACCUGGAGCUGCACUCCCUGUCCACGGGCCGUUUGCCUCGCGUGGCCACUGCCAACCACAUGCUCAAGCAGAUGCUGUUCAGAUACCAAGGCCACAUCGGUGCUGCCCUGGUUCUGGGUGGAAUGGACUGCAAUGGUCCCCACCUCUACAGCAUCUACCCCCACGGCUCCACCGACAAGCUGCCCUACGUCACCAUGGAUAAUGUGGUCGGCAAGGAGGAAGAUGCCAAGCGGCUGGUUCGGGAUGCCAUCGCGGCCGGCAUCUUCAACGACCUGGGCUCGGGCAGCAACAUUGACCUGUGUGUCAUCACCAACGGCAGGGUGGACUACCUGAGGCCCCACGACAUGGCCAACAAGAAAGGGGUCAGUUCCCUUCGCUUGUGGACUUCACAACACAUCAGCUGUCUGUGACCAGGCGAAAAAACCUUUCCGAGCCAAACCUUCAUCUCAUAACCGUAUUGGGUGGCCAACAUGUCAGUUCAUGCUGCAAGAGCUCUGAUAGGUUGGACGACAG